UGCCUUUGUACUUGAACACCGUGAUUUCUCCCACAAAUGCCGUCUCCUCAUGGCGAUGGAUCGCCCCUCUCUGCAUCAACCACCGCACGCCACCGCUUUCCCCGUCUUCAUCGAUUCCAGCCUCGGCACCAACCUCGCCAUGUCCGUGUCCCCAGACGACACCGUCGCCGAUCUCAAGAGAAAAAUAAGGAUCGAACACACACUAUGCUUUCCGGAUGUUGGCGAAGUAUCUGUCCAGGCAUUAAAGGUGAAACGAAGAGGUGCCUUCUAUCAUUUAUCAAAUACCAUGCUUGUCAGAAGUGCUUUUGAUGGUAGCAAGGCAACUUGGUUUCUUCAUGUUGAUGUUGUACCUACAUCUAUCUCGAAAUGUCAAGGAACUGCAGAGCAUUUUGAAAAUCAGACUAUGGAGCAGUUAGAUGACAGUCAUCAAAUUCUUGUGGAUCCUAGCCGGAACUUGGAUGAGGAUAGGCUUCCUGGUAGAAAGGAUAUUUCCGUUGAUGAUAUGUCCAAUGUGAACGAGAAGCAUGCUGAGUUGGUUGGUCAUGUUGAUUUGUCAGAACAAAAACCUGGGAGUUGCCAGAUUGAAUGUCUCAUGAAUACUUCUUGUGAUCAAUUUGCUACACAUAAUUGUAAUGUUGAGCAAUCCACACAGGUUCAUCAAUUAGAGAGGCCAGAAAUUGAUGUUGAAAACCAGGUGCAUGGAUCAGAUGGUAGGGUCAAAGAAGCAACCAAAUUGUCUGCUAUUCCUAAUUCUGGUCUGUCUUUUGAUCAAGCAAAUAAGGAGGGCAGAGAAAACAAAGUUCCAGAACUUGGAGAUUUUGAUGGUGAAUCUGUUCCUGUUGGUACGGAAGGUAAAUCCACAAAAAGGAAUGAUGUUGAACGGAAUGAUCAUUUCAUCAAUGCGAAUUCUGAACAUGUUCUUUCAGGGAACAAAAUGGGAAAUCAGAGGAAAGCAAACUCUGUUGAGGAGCAUACAUCAACAUAUAAUGUUGGAGGAGCUCUUGGUGGUAAAGCGACUUCCACAAUGGGAAAACUUCCUAGUGAAGUUGAUACGGUUGCAGGCAAAGCUAUUUUGGUGUCUCCAGAAGAAUUGUACAGUAAACUACGUGAUGGUGACCCUAAUUUGAUAGAACAUCGUACUGAUGAUAAAAAGAAAAGCAAAAAGAGAAGACACUCUUCCAAGUCUCAACAAACUGAAGCGACUUCUGAUAUGCGAUCAAAUGAUCCUGACAUGGCUUUGCCUCAAAAUACUAAAGAACCAUAUGUUGAACACGUACCUUUGUUGGGGAAGAAUUCCAGUGGUCUUGGACCAGAAAUUAAAGAAGGCAAUCAUGUAGGAGCAUUAGUAAACAAGCACAAAGAUCUGAACAAACAGUUUGAUGCUGCCACUAAGCAAGCUUCUGAAAAUGCUGCUGGUGAAGAUUCAUUGCAAGUAGACACUUACUCUCAAAAAAUUGAUGUCUUGGAUUUCAGCAGUGAGAAUAUGGCAAAAGGUUCACAUAUAAAUCAUAUCUCAGACAUGGACUUCUGUAAAAAUAUAGUGGAGGCUGAUACUCAUGAAGUUCCCUUGGAUGAUAACCAUAAAGAUGGCAUCACAGAGUCUAACUUUGCACCCAGCACUAAAGAAGCAGCUCCAUUUAGAAAUUCUGCAGAAGUUGAAUCUCAAAUUCCAACUGAUGUCCGCAGAAAGAAAAGAUCCAGGAAGAACUUACCCAAAACAUUAUCAGGUAGCAAUGAUCCUAGUCAUUCUUUAGAAUGUGCUGAUGAAGGGAAUCCCAAAGAACAACAUGGAGAUCAUAGAGGCAUUGAUAAAGAAUCACAUACAAGAACUUCCAAUCAUGAGGAUACUGCAAAGUUAUAUUCUGAAAAUCCUUCUGCUGGUAAUGUUGGAACGCCACAUCGCAAGAGGAGAAGAAAAUCUGAGAAAGUUGAAUUGACCAAUUUCCAGACUAAUAGUUAUGAACCUGUUUCUUCCUUGGACAAUGUAGCAAACAAACAGCACAGCAAAGGGAAAUUGGAUGGCCAAGAACCACAGCAGUUGGUUGUCACUACAGAAAUUAAGUCUCUUCCAAAUACUGCAGUUAUGGAUCCCAUGUGUCCUUCCAUCCCUGAUGAUACAAAAUCACAACGAAAAAAGAAAAGAUCUGCUAAGGUUGAACUUCAGGAUCACGAAUCCACCCAACAAAACUUUGCCCAUGCUCUGGUUGGAGAAGUUGCUGAAGAGAAGGCCAAGAAAACACUGAAUAACCAUGAUAAAGAACUAGGUAAAGAAUCGAACUCAUUAGCUAAUAAUGGAGAAGCUGCAGUACUUGGAGGCUCUACAAAAGUAGAUACAGCAAUUUGUUCGAUUUCUCAAGGUAAAAGUACACAUCGCCGCAAGAGAAAGUCAGGAAAAUUGUAUUCGUCCCAUGACACAUCAGGAAGUCAGAUUACUGAAGUGAAUUUUGAGAAAACAUCCACAAUCAUCAGUAGACAUCCUGGUGGUGCUUCUGAUGAUGUUAUUCUUCCAAAUAAAACUGAGCAAAAUGCAUCUCAUGAUAAUGGAUUAAAUGUGCAUUCGACUGGAUCUUUUAAUAAUUUAUCCAAUAAAUGUGAAUUUUCCUGCAAUUUGGCAAAAACAGACAACGAAGAGAAUUUGAAGGGAGCUUUGGUCAGCACUUCUGCUAAUCUUGUUAAAGAAUUUCCACUGCAUAUGGCUCAUAGAAACUUUGACAAAGCUAUUGAAGCAAACGAGUCUAGAGAACUUCCAGAUUUUGACAAUGACAAAAUUAACUUUGUUGAUGCUUUCUGUCCAAGUAUUGUCCAGCAUGAAUCUGUUGUUUCUGCACAUGUUUCUACACCAGUUGACACUGAACCCAAGAAACAACGCAAGACUAAGAAGAAAAGAAAAUCAAACAAGCAUGAUUCGGCUUGUGAUUUGGUAUACCCUUCAGAAAUGGAUAAACAUCAUAUGGUAAAUAGUGGACAGCUAAUAUGUGAUUCUGGUAACCAGGAUUUAUCUGAUCAAAUUGGCCAGCCUACUUCUAAGGGAUUCAGUAAUGGAAAAGCACAUGAUGAUGCUGCCAAGAGGACGACAAAUUGUGAUGUGAAUGCUGGCGCUGCCACGUCUGACUUUAUGCCUCCAACAAGGUUGCAUGAUAGCAAUGUUGAAGAGAAGAUUCAAGGUAACAAACCUGACACAUUCCGGUUGUCAUCACACGAUGAGCAAAGCAAACAUGUCUAUAAUUCCAAAGAGAAGGCAUCUUCUUCGAAGGCUGCAGCUAAAUCUCCUGACCAUCACCAUGCUAAUGCCUCUGUUGACUUAGGAAAUGAAACUUGCCAACCUGAGAAAAAUGUAAUUGUCAAUGUAGGUGCUCAUGCAGUUCAGAGUCCAUCUAAGACUUCUCGAGUUUCUCACAAGGAAACUAUGGCUGAUCCUGUAGCAUCAUCUGACAGCACGGAGGAAGAUACACCAGUCCAAGCUAAACAAUAUAGACUUGCAGUUAGGAAAGUUCCAAGCAAAAAUUUUGGGGAGUUCUCAAACAGUAAUAAACAAGAGAGCUCUUUAUUUACCCCAGGUGCCAUUUUUAAUGCUGCUACAAGUGAUAGUUCUGAAGAUGAGUUUGAGUUCAGGAACAGAGAAGUCACUGAGUUAGGGGCCUUUGAUUCUUCAGCUUCAUCAUCUGAUUCUGAUGGUGACCUUGAGAACAGAAAGAUAUCAGGACCUAAAUCUGCAGCAUAUGGAAGUAAAGAUGAGGGAUCUGAUGGAGACAUCACUUUGUCACAAUCAUUGAGUGUGUCCAGAAAGGGCAUGCCACUGGGUACAAUACUAAGAUCUUCGAACAGCUACAAAAAGGCCAAGUUUCUUGCUUCUCAAUCACAAGCUGAAGACUCUGAGAGCCAACCUGUAGAUGUUGUACCGGAAACGCAGCCGGAAUCUGAUUGACCGCCAGCUAGUUUGCAGCUUUUCAUGUGAUUUUUUGGACUUCUAAAGCUUAAAUUGGGAGGUGUGACACAGGAUCAUCGACAAAUCUUGUCCAGCCAUUGUGGUCAAACCUUUUUCAUCCCUCUUUGACAGGCACUGGCUGUCCAUGAAGAUUGCUGCUUCCAACAAUUUUGCCUGGUGCUUCAUGGUUUCAUGAUUAGAAAUGAUUGAUUCUGCAGAUUUUUGUUGUCCAAUUUUGGUGUUUUUGAAAUCCGACUGUAGCAAACUAACAGUAUGAGCUCAAUGUUUCUUUGCAAAGUUUUAUGGAUAUACAACUAUCAGUAUCAUGUGUCCA